AGAUGUAUGCUUACUGAAAUGAAGAGAUACAAACCAAUGCUGAAGUGAAGGUUUAACUUCUACUGGUGAUUUUUUUUAAUCAGCAGAAUACAAGAUGGGGUACUCCAAGGUGGUGGCUAACCAUGCCUUUGUGGUGUUUGGCAUCACUGUGGCCACCCUGGUCACCUGUGCUGUGGUCAGCUUCACCGUCCACCAGCUGCCCAACUUCUCAGACCCCAUCGCUGGAUUUGAGCCGCGAGGAACUGUGCUCGGUGACCGACUGUUCAGCUGGGACAACCUGAACGAUGCCACCUGCAGCUUCUCCGGCUGCAAGCUGCACAACAUUCCUCUCAAGUUCGCCCACGAACAGCAACCCAAGGACGACAGCCAUGAGGAUGAUGAUGAGGAGGACCCAAGGGCAACUGACCAGGACCGCCUGCCUGUGGUGGAACUGGAACUUGUCCACCAUUCCCUUGACCACUCGGGGAAUGGCCUCUGGGAUUCCCUGCCGCCCAAUCUCUACCAGACAUCCGGCAUGGAUCUGUUUGACGACUGGUACGAUGAUGAUGACUAUGAUGAUGAGGGAGACUACAGGGUGGUACGACCCGGCGUGGUGGAGGACAUGAAGGAUGGAGGCCGGCCUUACCCCGGGCACGUAGAAAACAUCGGGUUCACGGCAUCAUCCGCCACAGCCGCCCCACCAUCACCCGAGCAGCCCACACCGUGGAACCCCAACAACGGGACACUGGUACUGGACUCUCCUGGUCAGGACUUCGUCGACGUGACCACCUCACCUAGUGCUGCCACUCCGGCCACUGCUGCUGAGGCCAGGGUGGUCAGUCCUGUCGGUCAGAAGUGGACAUCCUCACCACUCACACACAGACCCAGGCAGAAGAGGACCAUUGGCCUGUGUCAGAUCAACCCUAGGCCUCUCCAAGUCACCUUCCCCUGUAACAACCCAAGCAGACAGUAUGCCCGAAUGGUGUUCGAGUCUGCGGGGAACUUCCACGAUGAGUUUAACCUCUUCACCCUGCCGGCCAUCCUCAGUAUGUGCUCCCUGGAGCAGGUGUUAGUCCGGGACCACGUCCAGUUCCCCAGUCUGUGUGUCACGUCCUCUUGCGACGACUGCUGUCCCAGCUGGUCCCUGGGCAACUACGUUGCACUCCUGCAGAACCGAGAGUCAUGCAGUGCCAUCACACAGGGAGACGUCAAGGCAGUCCUGGGGAGGCUGAAGCAGUGUUCUGGCUUCUACCACAACAACAGCCUAAAACAGGACUGUUGGAAGGCGGGAGAACCAUACCAGGACAGUUGCCCCCGGGUACCCGCACAGUGUGUGGAAUACAAUGCAGUGCACUCCAUCCUGCACUACCUUGUAGACAAAGACUUCCUCAGCCCUGAUCAACCCAAUGUCGACAUCCUUCGCUACGCCAUGGUGUUUGUUCCCGUUGCCAGCGGCCAGGCAAUGAUGGACAUCUACCAGGACAAGUUUGACAAGAAAACCAUCUCGGACGGCGUAACGAGAGUCGUUGGCAUCGACUUUGGGAUAAAGUACACGAUGUUUGAGCACUACCUCCGGAUGGAUACUGUGUAUCCCUGCAUCGCCAUGGCCAUUGUCAUCAUCAUCAUCCGUCUCUACACGGGCUCGGCCUUCAUUACCUUUAUGACGGUCUUCACCAUCGUCAGCUCCCUCAUUGUGUCGUACUUCUUCUACACCCUCGUGUUCCAGUUCCCGUUCUUCCCCUUCAUGAACCUCACCACCGUCAUCCUGCUGGUGGGAAUCGGAGCAGACGACGUGUUCGUGUACUGUGACAUUUGGCAGCACAGCAAACAGGAGAGACCAGGCUCCUCCUUAGUAGACAUCGUCUCAGAGACCCUGGGACAUGCAGCCUUAUCCAUGUUCGUGACAAGCUUCACCACAGCGGCCACCUUUUACGCCAACUUUGUCAGUAAGAUAACGGCCAUUCGCUGCUUCGGUGUCUACGCGGGCACUGCCAUCCUGGCCAACUUCAUCCUCAUGAUCACCCUCAUCCCAUCCACCGUCGUCAUCUAUGAAAAGUACAUCGCCAACAUCUGCACCUUCAAGAAGAAAAGCAAUGUCUACUCCCUCAAGAAGAGCUGCGUCGAGAUCUUCUGUGACCUUGGCAGGAAGGUCGAGUACGAGCUGUCAGAAAUGUCCAGGAUAUUCUUUGACAAGCUCCUCCCCUGCAUCGUCAUCAAGUACCGGUACGUGUGGCUGGUGUGGUUCGUGGGGAUGAUGGUGGGAGGGUUCAGCGUCCUGUUCGUGAUCCGGGGGCUUCACCUUCCGAGCCAGAAGGACUUCCAGGUCUUCAGCAGAUCCCACCCCUUUGAACAGUACGACAUGGUCCACCGGGAGCAGUUCUGGUUCGAGAAGGCGCAAGACAACGAGUACGCCUACCUCCCCAUCACCAUGAUCUGGGGUGUCGUACCAAAGGAUAACGGAAAUCACCUCAACCCAGACAGCCGAGGUAAAGUCAUCUUUGAUGACACCUUUGACGUUACAAGCACGGCGUCUCAGGAGUGGCUGAAGGGAUUCUGCUUCCGUCUCAGAAACCAGUCCUUCUACCAGCCGACUCCGGGACCACAGCUAACCAACUGCUUCAUCGAGCUGUUCCAACAGUGGAUGGACCGGGAGUGUGCGGACGAGCUGACGGGAGAGGACUUCCACCCCUGCUGUAACAAGUACGCCUUCCCAUACCCCAGAGACGUCUUCAAGUACUGCAUCAAAGUGGCCACCAUGGAGCUAGACAACAUGCCCAGAUUCAGGUUUUACAGGGAAACCCCCGGGCGGUUUGACGAGAAUGACAGGAUCCGGGGUCUCAUCAUUGAAUUUGACAGCAAGUACAAGUUCACGCUCGCUUUUGACACCAUGGACAAGUUUUACCACGAGGUCGAAACGUGGAUGCAAGGUGAGAUGAAGAGUGCGCCUUCGGCUAUGUCGCGCGGGUGGUUUGUCAGCUACUUUGACCACUAUGCCCUGCAGGAUAACCUGGCAACCGGGACCCUGAUUGCCUUGGGUCUGUCUGUCGCAAUAGCAUUGGCCGUGAUGUUCAUCACCACCCUUAACGUGCUCAUCAGCCUGUACGCCAUCUUAUCCAUCGUUGGAACGAUCGUGGUGACGGUCGGAUCCCUGGUUCUGCUGAACUGGGAGCUGAACAUCCUGGAGUCAGUCAUCAUGUCGGUUGCAGUGGGGCUGUCGGUGGACUUUUCAGUGCACUACGGCGUUGCAUAUCGCCUGGCGCCAGAAAAGGACAGGGAAUCUCGUGUCAUCUUUUCUCUCUCCAGAAUGGGGUCUGCGAUCACGAUGGCGGCCCUGUCCACCUUUGUCGCCGGUGCUCUGAUGAUGCCGUCAACGGUUUUGUCGUACGUCCAGCUGGGAACCUUCCUCAUGCUCGUCAUGACCAUCAGCUGGGGUUACGCAACCUUCUUCUUCCAGAGCCUGUGCCGGAUGCUGGGCCCGGAGGGGAACUGCUGCCACAUCUCCAUCCCGGCCUGCCACCUGCCAUGCGACGGGAUGCACAUCGUCAAGUCCGACUCUGCCCAACAGCCUACUACAGGUGCUGUAUCCUACGAAAUGGAGCCGCUGACGUCACAAAAAGUCUCCCGAUACAGACAGCGGGGGGACACGCUCCAAGUGUCCGUCGCCACGGUGAACGGCAGUUUGCGGCUGCCACCCAAAGGCAGGGCGGCCUCCAAGCUUCCCGACCAGUUGACAAUCGUAGGUGCACGUCAAAACCGGGACCCGUAUACAGAGAAGGACCUAAACACCAUAACCAUCCGGCAGAAUGGACAAAGCAGUCGGCCUCGUCUAAAAUAUGGCGAUGCGAGUGAAGGGGAAAAUCCGGAAACAGUGCCAAACCACAGAUCGAAUGUCCCCGACAUCUGGGUGCCCAGGGAGGGGGACAGUAGCUCACAGGAGGUCAGCAGAUGACAGGUGUGAUCUCAGACAGGGGAAGAGUUUGGAAACAAGGAGAUCCUUCUAAAUAUGGUAGAGUGGAUCCGAUUCAUCCCUCAUCUAACCAACAUUGCUCACACUGCAGUCGUCCCUCAGAAGGUGAGCCGAAUUGUUUGCAUUUAGAACUUUUAUUCGGCCUGUCAUGACCAAUUUUAACCUGUGGACUACUUCAAUGGUACAGAAUAAAAUAGAAGUGAGAACUCCGUGAACUACAUGAGCCUCAGUCAGAACACUUGAAGAAGCCCACAGGAAACUGGUAUUGACAGGCUGAAUAAUAGUUCUAAAUGUACAAUCUAUUGUACAAAACACAAUGUACAUGUACAAUCAUGCAUUUCGAACCAGAUGUCUUACCGGGACGUCUGCAGUGUGAUGCCUGUUAGCUCAAGAAUGUAUCCACUUUUAUAAAAAAUUUAAAGCAGAUCCUUCAGAA